UCUGCAGCUGCAGCAAAGGAGAAGCAGGAAAGAUGGCGAUCAUCCAUUAGACCGACCGGGCACCACACGCAUGAAAUACGAGGACAACUUUUUGGAAGAUCGCUCGAGGAGGAGAAGAUUGUACCUGGUUCCCUGAUUUUCCAGGGAGUGCCCCCUCCCCGUAACCAUGGAGGUCCUGCAGUGUGAUGGCUGCGACUUCCAUGCAGAAUCGUACGAUGACCUGAAGAUCCAUAUCCAGGAGGUACACACAGCCUUCCUUCAGCCCGCCGACGCUGACGAGUCUGAGUCUCCGAAAGACGACGACGAGGAAGAGGUUCCCGACGAGGAGGAGGAGGACGACCAAGAAUCUUACGACAAGCAUUCCUCGUCUUCUCUACCUGGAAUGAGUCCAAAUUCGGAGACCCCCAAACAAAAAGACCCAUCUGAAUCCACCCUGUCGUUUUACCAGUGCAAGUUCUGCGUGCGGUACUUCAGGUCGAAAUCCUUUUUAAAGAACCAUACCAAAAAGGUCCACAACAUCAGGGACGACCAGUCGGAAGUCCACAAUUCCCGCGAGACGUCGAAAGAUCCCAGCUACACCGUCGUAACGCACAGUGACCAUUCAAAGGUGUACUCCUGCCAAUAUUGCACGUACAAAUCCCCACGCAAAGCAAGGAUCAUCAAACACCAAAUAACGUACCACCAGGUUCCUUCUGAAGGAGCCGAAGAUCAUUCAAACGAUGCGGCGGCUGGGGACGACUGCCUCUCGGCUGGUGCAUACCUCGGUGGUACUUUCGCUUGCGAGUGGUGUGACUUUCAGACCGACGAGAAGGACAGCUGGACGGAUCACGUGGCGAAGGAACACAGCGACAAGGUCAAGAUCAUUUCUUCCGUUGAGGAACUCGAAGGAGAGGCAAGCUCAUCCAAGCCGGAUUCCCCUUCCUCCCCAAGAAGUCCUGCUUCCGAGGGAGGAAUAGAUGGUUUUACGGGUAGAGUAACGCCAGUAAACACCAUAGGAAUGCCAGAUAACAACGCAUCAGUGUUUCAUUACGUAAUGCCCAAUAGCACGGGGUCGUCCAUUUUGUCAAAAAGGUUUCCCAUGGCCGAUUCAAAUUGUAGUCCCGUCCUCGAGACGGACGCCACUUUGCGGAAUGAAGAAGACUCUAGGAGCAGCAUGGAAGAAGACGAAGAGGAGUUGGUUGACAUUGACGAUCCAAGUUACACCGGGACCUUGUCGGCUGACGUGAAGCAACUGUUGACUGACGAGGACAACAAGGUACUGGAGACAAAAGGGGUACAGAUCCGAAAGCAGAUAAACCGCUUCCAAUGUCCCUUCUGUUCUUUCCUCACCAUGCAUCGGCGGAGCAUUUCUCGCCACAUUGAAAACAUCCACUUUUCUGGUAAAACCACUGUUUAUAAAUGUGACGAAUGCCCCUUUAUUUGUACAAGCUCUCUGAAGUUAGGCACUCACAAGCAGAGCCACAGUGUUUCAGACGUGGAUACCAUGGACAUAACCAACAGCAUGGACACACAAAAUGAACCGGCUGCAGAGUCCCUUAAUGGGGGGAACGUUAUUGCUAAAGUCAACGGGAAAAGGUCAAGUCCAGCGAAUGACCAUCCGAAUCCCCACCAGUGUUCCCUCUGCAGUUUCUCCACCACCACACUGAAAGGCCUCAGGGUCCAUCAGCAGCAUAAGCACUCCUACUGUGAUGAUGUCGAGACCGAAGCCUUUGAAGAGGCAUCGGCUGACCAGCCGGAUACUGAAGUUGAGAACUCGCCCACCUUUUUACAAAAAACCCAGACUUCCAUUCUAAGGCCUUCCACCAAAAAGAACCCUGCUACAGGAAAAAGGGCAAGAAAGUCCAUCAACGAUUUGCCUUUAGAUUUGUCCUCGGUGAAGAAACGAACAAGAAUUGACGAAAUUGCCAGCAAUCUUCAGAGUAAGAUCAGCCAAAGCCAACAGGAUAUGAUUAUAAAUCUCGACGAACUCGACGAUGAGGAAGGGGGUGGAAGCCACAGAGUGGAAGAUCACGACGAUAGUAACCUCACUGGUAUAAAUCCAGUCUUCACAUAUAACAUCCAGCAAAUUCACGUAAGCGAACCCACCAUUCAGGGUGGCAGAAUAGGUAAAAGGAAAAGCAACCCCAAGUCCAAAGCACGCAACAUCCCCAUUUCGUUAACCCUCUCUGACGAUAGCGAAAAUGUAUCCGGGGAUCAACCUGAGCUCCAGGACAACGGUAACCAGGAUAGUAGAGAGACCUUCCAAGAAAAUGCGGAAUAUUCCGAGGAUCCCGGAGCGGUCCGUUUUUACUGUAAACACUGUGAUUACCAUAACAAGUCUGCCCGCAGUGUGAGCACCCACUACCAGAGAAUGCACCCUUACAUCAAGUUCAGCUUUAAGUACAUCCUGGAUCCAGAGGACCAUAGUGCUGUCUUCCGCUGCCUAGAGUGCUACAUUGAAUACCCCAAUUACAACGAUCUACACCAACACUACAUGGAUCACCAUCCAGAAGCUAGCAAUGUGCUCAACUUUAACCAGCCAGACCUUGUUUACAUGUGCCGCUUCUGUGCAUAUACUAGCCCUAAUGUUAGGAGCCUCAUGCCCCAUUACCAAAGAAUGCAUCCCACAGUGAAAAUAAACAAUGCCAUGAUCUUCUCCAGCUAUGUAGUGGAGCAAUCUCAGAAAACGGGUGAAUCUCAAACCCUGCGGGAAAUAUUAAACUCUGGCCCCAAGAACUUCACCUCUGCCACCUCUACCCCUAGAUCUUCCUCAAGCCCAGCCCUGAAAUCGCCCUCCAAGACUCCCGAAGCUAGUGUUGACUCGGAGGCUCUGAAAGAAGCGAUGGGUGGUAAUGUGGUGGUCUAUGAAUGUGAUGUCUGUUCCUUCGCUAGCCCCAACAUGCACUCUGUUUUGGUCCACUACCAGAAGAAACACCCUGAGCAAAAGGCCUCUUAUUUCCGUAUACAAAAAACCAUGAAGAUUAUCACAACGGAUAAAGCCCAGUCACCAGCCGCCAACUCCUCGUUUAAUGUUAGUUCAACUUCCCCGCCUUCGAAGUCUUCAGGUGCCACGACAUAUGGCACUGAGGAAGAUAUCUACUAUUGUAAACACUGUGUCUACAGCAACAGAUCUGUUGUGGGCGUCCUUGUCCACUAUCAGAAGAGGCAUCCAGAAGUAAAAGUGACCGCAAAAUAUAUCAAACACGGGGCUCCCACUCCUGUUCUGAUGAAAUUAAUUGAUGAUUUGCAAAUUGCAACUCCAAAGCAGUUCUCAAAGCCGUUUCAAAGCAACGGCUACGACGGAUCGUUUAACUCAAGUCCUAAAAUUGGUAACGGCGAAAAGGGUGAAGCAGAGAUGCUCUUCUUUUGCCAGCACUGUGACUACGGCAACCGCACGGUUAAAGGAGUGCUAAUUCACUACCAGAAGAAGCAUCGCGACGCCAAGGCCAACGCGGACCUCGUACGCCGUCACACCGCCGUGGUCCGGAGUCAGCGCGAGCGCGCUCAGAUGGUCCAGUCGGGCACAGUAGCAACCACCAUCACCCAAGCCCCGGUGGAUCCGGAGAGCUCCGGAGAGCUCCGGUCUCUCCAGUGCAGACACUGUCCCUACACGUCCCCCUAUGUGUACGCCUUAAAGAAGCAUCUCAAGAAAGAGCACCCUACUGUGAAGGCCACCGCGAUGACCAUACUGCAUUGGGCCUACCAAGACGGUAUCCUUGAGGCGGGGUAUCACUGCGAGUGGUGCAUCUACUCCCACGCCGAGCCCCAGGGCCUACUGCUGCACUACCAAAGACGCCACCCGGAGCACAACGUGGACUAUACGUACAUGGCUAGCAAGCUUUGGGCCGGACCAGAGACCACGCAGCAAGGACCGAACAACCUGGAAAACAAGCACUUCCGAUGCCAAGAGUGCGCCUUUGAGGCCUGUACCAUUUGGGACAUUACCAGUCACUACCAAGCGGUUCACCCGUGGGCCAUGAAAGCAGAGGAAUCUGUGAUUUUUGAUAUGAUCAAAGGUAAUAUAACGACGGAUAAAAUCCUCCAGCAAUUGGUCAAUGACCAUGCACCUUCCAGCGGGCAGUCUGAAGACGAUGGAGCCCUGAUCAUCGCUUCACCACUCCCAGAAACCAUCUCUCAUCCUACAAACCCACGCCUCUGCAUUUCAAACAAUCCCUAUCAGUGUACUGUAUGUCUCUCCGAAUAUAACAGCUUACACGGCCUCCUCACCCACUAUGGGAAGAAACACCCAGGCAUGAAGGUCAAGGCUGCAGAUUUUGCUCAGGAGGCAGACAUCAACCCGAGUUCGGUGUAUAAGUGUCGUCACUGUCCGUACGUCAACUCUCGAAUUCACGGUGUCCUGACUCACUAUCAGAAACGCCAUCCGUUGGUGAAGGUAACUGCGGAAGACUUUGCUGACGACAUAGAGCACAUCGCCGAUCUGAACGAGGGUGAGGACAAGUGCAAGACCCAGAGGCAAGGCUAUGGAGCAUACAGAUGCAAAAUAUGCACCUACACACACGGGACUUUGGAGAAACUAAAGAUCCACUAUGAGAAGUAUCACAAUCAACCAGCCGCCGAAAUGUUCCCCCAUACUUUCACAUCAUUCUCUCCCAGCAAAGAAAGCGAACCAGUAGCAGAAUGCAGCGUAAGCAACGUAUCCGCAGUGACGGACAUGCUGGAGGUCAAAGAAUAUGAACUCCCUAAGUCCGAAAAACACGCCAUCUUUAAGUGUCAGCUGUGCAAAUACUUCUGCUCCACCCGGAAAGGCAUUGCCCGCCACUACCGAAUCAAACACAACAACGUCCGGGCACAGCCAGAGGGCAAAAACAACGUAUUCAAAUGUGCGCUGUGUUCGUACACCAACCCUAUACGCAAGGGCCUCGCGGCCCAUUACCAGAAGCGCCACGACAUCGAUGCCUAUUACACUCACUGCCUGGCAGCUUCCAAGACGCUCAGCGACAAGCCCGUCAAGGUGAUGGCGCCGGAGAAGGAGACAACGGAGAUGUCGGAGGACCUGCGGUUGGCGGUGGAGACCCGGAAGUGUUCCCUCUGCAGCUUCCAGGCGUUCAGCAGGAAGAGCAUCGUCUCGCACUACAUCAAGCGCCACCCGGGUGUCUUCCCCAAGAAGCAGCACUCCAGCAAGCUCGGCCGCUACUUCACCCUGAUCUACGCCAAAGAGCCGGAGAACCCCCCGGAGACGGCGGCGUUGGAGGAGGAGGAGGAGGAGGAGGUCAAGGAAGAGUUUGAGGUCCAGUCUAUGUCCAAUCAUCAGGCGGACGAGGAAUGGCCGCCCUUCAAGUGUCUCAAAUGCGGCCAGUUGUCCUUUGACACCAUCGAGCUACUUUCUAUGCAUUACAACGACGACCACGGAAGUGACCUGAAGAGGGACUUCCAGUCAAAUGCCGGAGAAGACGGGUCAGAGUUGCAUCAGUGCUCUCACUGUGAGCUGAAGUUUCUGGAGCUGCCUGUCUUGGCGAAGCACAUCGUUGACCACAAUGACGACUUCCAGAAGAAGGCCUUAAAGCAGGAACGAAGGAGACUUCUCAGCAAACAGAAAGCCUUGGAACUGGCCGAAGGGAAAUCUGAGAAGCAGGAGAGCCCUGUUAACAAAGCGCCCAUAGGCUUUAGGUGUAACUUCUGUGUGGAGGUGCACCCAACCCUGCGAGCCAUCUGCAACCACCUGAGGAAGCACGUCCAGUAUGGGGAGGUGAAACAAGGACAUGUGAAGAUGGAGACCAGCGAGGAGCCCCUGACACCACAGCCCCCCCCAGAGAGCCUCCCCAACGGCCAACCAGAGGAGGAGUCGGAGCAAGGUGCUGGAGGUGUUUGCCUGGACGACGGCGAUGCUGUCGACGACGACCCUUCCCCUACUGCCCAAGACCUCCUGCACAGCACCACCCUCGACCCCACCCCGGACCCUGCCGCGACCGCCGGACCACCUGUCGCACUGCUGACACCAGAGGACGACCGGGACGACCAGCUCUCCGCGGUCGCCGUCGCCAUGGCGAUGACACCGACGACAACGACGGUUCCGUCGGCGGCCGUCGGGGGCGGAGUCGGGGGACUGGCCGGGGCGCUGGUGGCGGCGGCGCGGGCGAUCGUGGCGGGCGGGGGUCAGCCGAAGCAGCAGCGUCUGGCGGCGGCCGGGGGGUACCCGUGCGGACAGUGCGACCGCGUCUUCAUGUCCAUGCAGGGGCUGCGGUCGCACGAGCGCAGCCACUCGGCCAUGGCGCUGUUCAGCCGGGAGGACAAGUACAGCUGCCAGUACUGCCAGUUCGUCUCGCCGUUCAGACACAAUCUGGACAGACACGUGCAGUCUCACCACGGACACCACAAGCCCUUUAAGUGCAAGUUCUGCCCCUUUAAAUCCUCCUACCUGAGCCGCCUGAAGAGCCACCUCCACAAAGCACAUGCUGGCGAACACAGCAGUGCCUACCAGUGCUUGUCGUGCCCCUUCUCCUCCACGACCAUCAGCCUGCUGAAGGAGCACUCCCUCAGGGACCAUGGCGAGGAGCUCACGCUCAGCAAGCUGCGGGCCGCCACCCAGGCCGCCCUGCGGACCCCCAAGCUGGCCGGCGACGACGCCGAGCUCCCCGGGGCCCUGGCCCCCGAAGACCCGUUGUACCUGGAGCCGGCUGACGUGCGCCAGCAGCUGACUCACUACCAGAUGGCCUCCCAGCAGUCGUCAGCGCCGGCGCACGGGGGCUCGCCCACGGCGUCCGACAGUCGGCCCGACGCCGUCCUCACCUGUGAGUUCUGUGAGUUCAGCUCGGGAUACAUGCAGAGCCUCCGCCGCCACUACCGCGACCGCCACGGAGGCAAGAAGCUCUUCAAGUGCAAAGACUGCGCUUUCUUCACCUGCUACAAGAACACCUUCACCAUUCACGUGGAGGCGGGCCACGCGCCCAGUGCUCCCGACGAGCCCGCCAGGGACCUGCGCUGCCCACUCUGCCUCUACCACACCAAACACAAGAGCAACAUGAUCGACCACGUCGUCCUGCACAGAGAGGAGCGCACAGUGCCCCUGGAGGUGAGCCGCUCCAAGCUGUCCCGCCACCUGCAGGGCCUGGUGUUCCGCUGCCAGCAGUGCACCUUCACCUGCUCCAGCAACAAGGCCCUGCAGCAGCACCUGCUGAAGCACACCCAGCUCCGGCCCUACCACUGCCAGCUCUGCUACUACGACAGCGGGCGGCGCGACCAGCUGGAGGAGCACCUACGGCUGGAGCACAAGGUGGUCCGGAACUUUGAGCUGAUGGGCCGCGUGAACCUGGACCAGCUGGAGAUGAUGAAGGACUUCAGUAGCAGCGCCGAGGAGGAGGGGGAGACACAGGAGCAGCAGCAGCAGGAGGAUCAGGACGAGGGGGAGGAGGGGAUGAUGGCCGUCGACAUGGUGACGGACGGACGGGUGUCUUUCGAGGAGCAGGGAGAAGGUGAAGAAGGAGAAGACAUGGAGGCGGCAGAGAGUGCCGAGGCAGAACAGCGAGAAGCGAACGAUGGAGUGAUGGCAGAACACGAGGAAGAGGGGGAGAGAGAGGAAGGGGAGGUGGCAGUCAUGGAGGUGCCGGAGAAGCCUGUCGCUCAAGAAGACAUUGCGUCUCCGGGCAGCUGCUGCAGCAGCAGCAGUGGUCUGACCGGCCUGGAGAAGCGCCUGCCCUGUGAGUUCUGCGGUCGCUGCUUCACCAACAGCACAGAGUGGGAACGACAUGUGCUCCGGCAUGGCAUGUCGUUAAACCCAAUGGACACAGACCCCAGCGCCGCUCCGGACGUCCUGGAGGCCCCGGCCCCUCCUCCCGCGGAGACCUCCCUCCCGACGGACCCCGGAUUAGAUCUGUCUGGUCACCGGAAGGAGGAGCAGGGGGAGAGGAAGAGGAAGGAGGAGGAGGAGGAGGAGGAGGAGGACAACGGGCCCUCUGCUGACUCCUUGCAGACCACUCCAGACCAGUACAUGGAAAACAAAGAAUCGCUCUAAACCAAAAAAAAGAAAACGAUAAACUGUUUGGUGCAAAAAAAAAAAGAGUUGGGGGCCUCAUUAGAAAUUAGAAGAAGAAAAAAAAAGUAUGGGUUACAAUAAGGGGCUGAGUUUGGUGGUGAAGAUUAUAGUGGAAGUAUCAGUUAAAUAAAGAAGAAAGGGAAAUGUGAAACGGAAAAUAACGUAUUUUUUUUCUUUGAGCGUUCAUGUUUUUUUUAAAUGUUACGUUUUAGAGCUACUAGGUCAUGCCACAUUCGACUUGUUCUUCAUAAAUGGCUGAACCCCUACUGUGUGGUCCCCUAGGACAGAUCUAUAUAUUAAUAUAUUGGUAACCAAUAGUGAACAGAUCUCUAGACGUGCUUGUCGAAAUAUUCAAUCGAAAGAUUCCACCUAGAUUCAUCUACUAUGGUAAUUGUUGAGAUUGUCGUCCAAAACUGAACUAAAUUGAGGCAUUUAUUGUUUAAGCACCUUUGAAAAACCCUACAAUCCCAAACCUCUACCUGAAAGAAAAUGGUAAGGUGUAAAAGCAUUUAACUCCUUUUGUCCCCAGUAGAGCUACCUUUCUUAUUUAAUAAUUGAAGUUCAGAGUUUUACCUCUUAGCCUUGUUUUAUCUAUGUAUACGUAUUCCUUGCGGAAUAGUUGCACCUUAAAUCUUCAAUAGUUUUUUUUUUAAUUUCUAGAGAUAACUGCAAUUGUCCCUGAUCCCCUUGUUCCUUGAAGAUUAUAGCAAAUUGCUAUAUUUAUAGAUUCCCUUAUAUUAUACUACGUAUACGAAUUCUUCCCCAACAUUUCCACUCCUCAACUAUGUGUAUGUGUCCAUUAAUUUUGCUGAUGAUGAAAUAGAUUUGACCUUUUCAACUUUUGGUUUUAAUCUGUCUGCUUCAGACAAUUUGCACAUUGUACUGCUGUACAAGUACGAUAUAAGAAUAUGUGAAGCAGACUUUGAAACAAAGAACCAAGUGUCAGGCGUAAGGUCCUUUUCAUCAUCAUUUGAGAUUUAUGACAGAAUUCGUUUCCACGUUUGUUUGUGAUGAGUGUGAAGUUUGGACUUUAAUGUGAACAUUUGACAACUUUUAUUUUAUUUUAGGUGCAUAAGUGAAGUUCCCUUACUUGAAAUCCUAUACUCGAUAUGUGUUUUAAGACAACUGUCAGAGCCUGCAUUUGUGUGCUUAUUUUUUAGACGAAGCUGUGUUAUUAUCAACGAAAAAAAAAAGGCAGAGAUUGUAUUUGUUUGAAGUUGCUGCUUAAAUACCCCAAAGCCUUAUUAGAAAUCAAUAGCAAUUAAGAAAAUCUCCAUCAAGCAUCAUUUGAAAAUACAAAAUGACUUGAGUGUCAUGUGGAACUCUAUUGAGCUUUUAAAUUUGGAGAGGAACAUAAUGAACUCAAUUUUGUUACUGAUACCAAAAUAUGUAUCGAACUGGCUAUGUUUGCUGUGAUUGUCUUUCCUGAUUGGUGGAAAUAGGGCAUCUUGGCUGGAAUCAUGGAAUUCUAUGAGUGAAACCCAACUAAUCUACUUGUCUUCAGCGAUGUAUAGAAAACAGAACUACUUGUUACAUGUUUGAAAUGUGGUGUUUGAGAAAGGAUACUUAUACCUUGUUUAUUUAAUUUUUGGUGUUCACAUACUAAAACAAAAAAAAAUAAAACAAUAAAUUAUUAUAAAUAACCCCUGCCAGGGGUAUUUGAAUUCCCUCUCAAGUGUUAGGACACUGUCGUACAACAUCUGGGUACAGUAAAACAGAUUUUGCAGAUACCGUAGUAGCGUGCAAUCAGUGUGGUUGUACAAAGAUUCAAGUCGAGCAUUGCAAAUUCCUAAUAGGGUUUUUAAUUUGAAAUCUUAAUUAGUAUUAUUUUUUCAAAUUAAAGUAGUUUUUUUAAAUCCAUAUCUAUUUCCAUCCUUUGCUCUACUAUUUACCAAGAGAUGUAUGUUUUGUAGAUUGGGUUAACAGUUCAAACCUUUAGUUAAUAGUCCCAGUGUGCCUCCCAGUUAAUAGCUGAGAGGCAAACUGGUUUAAGAAUGUAGCAGCCCCUCCACCACUACCCCUCAAUGUCACUCAGCCCUCCCAGCUCAGCUUAAAAACCAGCGACUUGGUGCUGAAUCUCAAAGCCCCCUUGUUGUUUAUGGGGCAAUCCUUUAAAAUCUGUUGAAAAAGAGUGUAGCACUGGCAGCUUGUCUCCUAGCAUGCAAACCCCCCAACACACACACACUCAAAGGUUGGGAUCUAUUGUAGUGUCCAUAGAAGCUAUGUACUCCAAACUAGUCGCUGUCCUGUACUAAUUUAUCGUUGGAAAGAAGAAGAAAACCUAUUUAUGACGCCCUCACUGUGUGGAUUCAGACUGUAUCGAUGUUACCUCCCGGUUUCCUUCUAUCUUAAUCCCUGCCUACGACACACUGGAUACCUGUAAAUACGUUUAGUUUGCUUCCGUUAUUACGUUUGUCAUUUUAUUCAGACUGUUUCCUCCAUAGUUUGAUUUUUAGAGUCUUCUCUUUCUUGCCUUCUGUCCGAUAAAAAAAAAAAAGUUUUCCUGAUUACCUGAUGUUGGGUUGUGAUAUUGCCUAGAAUGAUUGUUUACAAAUGUGUUCCAUUUAUCUCUGGAUAUUCUGUAAAUAUUGUAAUUCAUUGUCUUUUUUUAACUUGAUAAUAAAGUUAUAAUAGUCAAAUCUG